CACACGGCGAUACGACCGACUCUCCCGCACCACCCACGAUGCAGCAGGUAACUAUCACCGAGAGCUUUUCCCACAGAGCCAGCCAACUAUAAAACCCGGAACGAGAGCUGCAACAGGGCCAGUCGGAAAGAUAGAUUCAUUCGGCGGUGACGAAGAAGCUUCAGAGUCUAACAGAAACAAAAGCAUGACUGAGAGUGAUAGUGAGCUGUCAAGCGCUGUGAGCAAUGCUCUUUUGGCCCUAUAUCAACGCCAAGAUGUGUCGCUAGUCGCGCAGCCAAUAGCGGGCGUCGGAGAGAAUGCCUACGGACAGGUCCUGCUCGUGAGUUGGCCAACAGAGUCCAAGGCGAAGAGGGUAGUGGUCAAAAUGGCGCCCAAGAACGAGGCAAGACGACAACACAUGCACGUAGUCGACUAUUACGCCCGAGAAGUGUUCAUGUACCAGAACGUGUUCCACACAUACCGCGAAUUGGCGGACGACCAUAGUGCCUUCACAGUGGCACCUGAAUUGCUGGCAUCCGGAUUGCAGGCGCCCGACGAGUUCCUGAUCUUCGAGGACCUGUCCCAAAACGGUUUUCAGACAAACCCACGCAGCUCCAUGCCCACCUACGACAUUGUGGUGUCCACCCUCAAGGCGGUGGCCGAGCUGCAUGCGUGCUCCUUUAUCCUACAGCAACGCAAUCAGGUAAAGUUCAGCGAACUGGUGGAUCAUGUGCGGCAGGACAACCUAUUCACGGCGAACAUUGAGACGGUGACGAUCGAAUUUGGCAAGGCAAUGCUGAGGCGCACUCGACUCAUGCUGGAGCAGGACGAAGCGCGGGACGACGACACAACGCCUAUGAUGGAGGUGCUGGAACGCUGUGAGAGGAAUCUAAAGGCCUUAACACUCUACUGUGUGGACGGCGCAUCGCAGUCGCCUCACGCGGUCAUCUGUCAUGGCGACUUCUGGAACAACAAUAUUCUGUAUAGGCACGAGACUCACUCUGAUCUGGCGGUUGAAGCCAAGCUGAUCGAUUUCCAAAUGUCUCGUUUUGCCCCACCUGUUCUAGACCUUGUUCACUACCUAUUCGCCUGCACAGAGAAGCAGCUGAGGGAUGAGCACCUACCAGCCUUUCUGAACAUUUACUACGACACGUUGAGCCGGAAACUGGGCUCCUGCGAUCUGAAUGCAGACGAUAUCUAUCCGCGCACCGUCUUCGACCGCCAAUUGCAGCUCUUUGGUGUAUUUGGCCUGAUAAUGGCCGCGUUUUCCUUGCCCUUCUUCAUAUCCAAUGCCAACGAAGUGGUCAACAUUGAUGAAGUCUCCGAGGCCAUUCAGGAUCUGUCUGCAUCGGCCACCGACGCCCCCAAGUGCCGCGAACUAGUGGAAGAGUUUGACAUGCUCAACGAACGCACAUUGCCAAUUUUCAAGAGGCGUAUGACCGAUGUCGUCCGGGAUCUGCUAAAGUACGACAUGACCCAACCGCUUUAUCAAUUCGAUUCGACUCGUGAUGAUGAUAUCUGUUAACAGUAUUAGGUAUUAUUGUGUGUGUGUAUAUAUGUAUGUAUGUAUGCUCUUAAAUAAACAAUUACAUAUGUUAUUAUAUAGACUUUCACAUGGAUUAGUUCUUAGACCGAAUUGUGAAUCAUGAUCUGUGACUAUACGCGAUUUGAGAUUCUGUCAAAUGUCAGAUGGAGGAGGGGUUACAUUUACAGCUGGCUUAAGGUUUAACAGCUACGUAUUACGUGACCCACAAUACCACAUGCUAAUGUGUAUGUACGUAUAAAUGAUAUUACUCUGGGUUUUAUUCAGGGCAGGGUUAAAGAGUCUUAAUAAAUAAGAACAAGUUCAAGAACAAAUACAAAAAUGCACUAACAAAACGGAUGACAACUAAAUUAUCUGCACGGCUGCAUGGCUUUUCUGUGCUAUAUGCAUUGUAUAGCUAAUACAAAAAGGAUAUACAUACUAAACAUACUCUACUCGUAUUUACAUAAUCUUAUAAUGAAAUUAAAAAGGAAAGGAAAGGGGUUUGUUUCAACUGGUUCGUUGGACAUUCGUUACAUGCGUAGCAUCCAUCAUAACAUCCAUAAGUUGGAGGAAAAAUAAUAAGCAUAGCUCGCAAACGACGGUCAACACUUUUUCCCUUUGCUGUCUCGUCACUGACAAAACCGAAAAAGACCACGAAGACACGGUCUCUCACUGAGCAGAACACUUUUGUCUCUUCGCUUGUGUUAUGUGUUUCGGGUUUUCGGGUGAGCCCGACACACGAUCGUGUCUCACAAUAACAACUUAGAGAGACACUUUGGUCAAGCGCUCACAGCAAAAGUGUCUUUAGAUGAGCAGAACCAACAAAAGUGUCUGAGUAAAGUGUUUUUAGUUUUUUUCGUGUAUAUGUUUAAUUAUUCAUGUUUUCCGCAUCUUUUGGGCUAUUGUAUUGUAAUAUGUAUAUUUCUUUGCAAAAUUGGCAAACGAACAUUUUCGUUUUGCUUUUCACGAUUCAUUUUAAGCUCCAAUAGUCAAACCGUAUAGAAUUCACAAAAAUUGAUAGUUGCCAUAAGCUUCACACGUACAAGCACGCAUAC